AGGAUGAUUUCAUGUGCGAUGAUGAGGAGGACUACGACCUGAUGCCCAACAUCUAGUAUAGCUGUCUAAACAUGGUCAAGCCUUGGGAAGCAUUGUUGAUGGAAUACUCUGAAGAUAGUAACUCUGAGCCAAAUGUGGAUUUGGAAAAUCAGUACUAUAAUUCCAAAGCAUUAAAAGAAGAUGACCCAAAAGCAGCAUUAAGCAGUUUCCAAAAGGUUUUGGAACUUGAAGGUGAAAAAGGAGAAUGGGGAUUUAAAGCACUGAAACAAAUGAUUAAGAUUAACUUCAAGUUGACAAACUUUCCAGAAAUGAUGAACAGAUAUAAACAACUAUUGACCUAUAUUCGGAGUGCGGUCACAAGAAAUUAUUCUGAAAAAUCCAUUAAUUCUAUUCUUGAUUAUAUCUCCACUUCCAAGCAGAAUUCUGAUUUUUUAUGUCAGAUGGAUUUACUGCAGGAAUUCUAUGAAACAACACUGGAAGCUUUGAAAGAUGCUAAGAAUGACAGACUGUGGUUUAAGACAAAUACAAAGCUGGGGAAAUUAUAUUUAGAACGAGAGGAAUAUGGAAAGCUUCAAAAAAUUUUACGCCAGUUACAUCAGUCCUGCCAGACUGAUGAUGGAGAAGAUGACCUGAAAAAAGGCACACAGUUAUUAGAAAUAUAUGCUUUGGAAAUUCAGAUGUACACGGCACAGAAAAAUAACAAAAAACUUAAAGCACUCUAUGAACAGUCACUUCACAUCAAGUCUGCCAUCCCUCAUCCACUGAUCAUGGGAGUCAUCAGAGAAUGUGGUGGUAAAAUGCACUUGAGAGAAGGUGAAUUUGAAAAGGCACACACUGAUUUUUUUGAAGCCUUCAAGAAUUAUGAUGAAUCGGGAAGUCCAAGACGAACCACUUGCUUAAAAUAUUUGGUCUUAGCAAAUAUGCUAAUGAAAUCGGGAAUAAAUCCAUUUGACUCACAGGAGGCCAAACCUUACAAAAAUGAUCCAGAAAUUCUAGCAAUGACGAAUUUAGUAAGUGCCUAUCAGAAUAAUGACAUCACUGAAUUUGAAAAGAUUCUAAAAACAAAUCACAGCAACAUCAUGGAUGAUCCUUUCAUAAGGGAACACAUCGAAGAGCUUUUGCGAAACAUCAGAACACAAGUGCUUAUAAAAUUAAUUAAGCCUUACACAAGAAUACAUAUUCCUUUUAUUUCUAAGGAGUUAAACAUAGAUGUAGCUGAUGUGGAGAGCUUGCUGGUGCAGUGCAUAUUGGAUAACACUAUUCAUGGCCGAAUUGAUCAAGUCAACCAACUCCUUGAAUUGGAUCAUCAGAAGAGGGGUGGUGCCCGAUAUACUGCACUAGAUAAAUGGACCAACCAACUAAAUUCUCUCAACCAGGCUGUAGUCAGUAAACUGGCUUAACAGAGAACAAGCUUUUACAGACAUACUUAAGGCAACAGUGCAGAGAUGUAACCCUUAAAAGAACUGGGAAUGGCAAAACUACUGUCGGUUGAUGUGUCCCGAAAAUUAUUGGAGUUAUGGCAGAAGUGCUUUUUUUGAUCAACUGGUUUGUGUUUUGCUGCUGCAUUUAUCCCAAGAAAAACAGCUUUAAUCUCCAGAAGAAAACCAAAAUGCCGUGGGAUUUAUGCUGUAUUGACAUCUUGCCCUAAAACAUACAACAUCAUAGUAAUUUGUCAUGGGCAACAUGACCAGAGAGAAGAUUUUUGUCAUGAUUUUAAAUACACUGACACGCUACUGUUGGUUAAAUUUAAACAUGUUUUACCUGCAGAAAUUCUCUCACAAAUAACCUGCAAUAACUUGAAAUGCAUACCCUUUUGAACACUUCCUUUUCUCAUGUAUAAAUUAAAAUGUUUGCUGCAUUUUGCAAAAUGUCAGUUCUCCAAAAAUGUGUCCGUAUAUUUCUGUACCUGCAGUGUAGUAAAGGUUUAGAUGAAACCCCAUAAUUAUAGUGGCAUACUGUCACUUAGGUUUCAAGCAGCAAAAUAAACAGUGCAGCUCAGAAAUUGUA